UCAUAAAAUGGCGCAUCCGAUGAUGCCUCCUCAAACUAUAUACACUAAUUCGCAUAGUGUGGAUAACUAUAAUGGUAGUGUACAUGUAUCAAGACAAUAUUCUGGUGUUGCACAUACUAAACCAUAUACUGGUACAUCAUUGCUGGUACCUCAGGGUGUCCAGUACGUUGUGCCAAGCCACAGUAGAAGAUCACAAGAUGUUAUUCCUGUAAGACAAGAGGAGUUAUCAACGUAUCCAGGUGCCAAUUACAAUGGUUAUUCUGCUGAGAAAGGUACGCUUCAUGUAAUUACUAUAAACAAAGACAGCGACAGUUUAGGAUUUAGUAUACGUGGUGGUUCUGAACACGGUUUAGGAAUCUUUGUUAGUCAGAUUGAUGAAGACUCAGUGGCAGAUCGUAAUGGUCUUGAAGUUGGUGAUCAGAUUUUAGAAGUGAACAGUGUAGGGUUUGAUAACAUCGCCACAAGCAGUGCUGUUAUGGUGUUACAGGGUAGCACUACUCUUAGAAUGUUAAUCCGCCGCACCGGAAAAGUACCAGGUUUUAAAUUUUCAAGAGAAAAGACUUCUUGGUACGAUACACUAAGAAAAACUAUUGUGAAAGAUCAGCGUAAAGAUGAAAACCGACCACCGGCACCGAAUAAAAGUCAUCUACAUAUGCUAAGUGGUACAGGUGAAAGGAGAGUUCAUCUAAAUGUGGGUGAUAAUCAGUUGUUAGGACUUAAUAUCCGCGGUGGUAGUGAAUAUGGACUGGGUAUCUACGUAUCAAGAGUUGACCCUGGUGGCCCAGCGGAGGCGAGUGGUAUAAGAGUCGGUGACCUCAUCCUGGACGUCAAUGGCCUUUUAUUUGAAAACAUCACUCAUUCUGAAGCUGUGAAUUAUCUUAAAAGUCAGAAACAGCUGAUUUUGACAAUAAAGGAUGUAAACAAAUAUCCUGCUUACAAAGAAAUGGUUGCAGAGUAUAGCUGGAUGGAUGGUGAAUCCAAAAAACUGACAAGAAUCUUCAGGCCGCAUACAGCUCCCUCUUCUGCUAAUACCAGCCAUGUCUACCAAUACCAAAAUGGUCCCAUGGAUGCAGUUCCUGUAGAUACAGCGCAGCAUUUCUCACAAUCUGUUGACCAUGGGCAGCAUCAUACAAAACUUGUACACUCAGCACCAACACGAAAAAUAACAGAAACAAAGACUACAGCUGAACAACGAAGUGAUCACCAUCACAGUAAACAGAAAGGUUCCGGCAUAUUGACUGUACUCAAAGGAAACAAGACUUCUAAUAAUGUGUCUAGAUCACAGAGUUUGAAUAUGAAAUACAACCCUGACGAUUUAGCAGCCAAACAAUUUUAUAAUGAGGAGAAGAGGGGACACAAAGUGAAGCGGUCUCGCUCGAUCAAGGAUAUAAUCUUCCGCCGCUCCAAAGAUAAAACUGAGAAACACAAAGUGGGAUCGCAAGGUGCCAGCAAUUCUAAAUCAAAGACAAGACUAGGACUGGGUAGUUUGAAGGCAUCACAACCUACAAGUACUGUACCCCAUACUACCACUACCACGACUGUUUCUGUUUCUGCUGUGAAUGGUAAUGGAGUUAGUAGAGAAUUGUUGGGACCUGCUAGAGCUAUGCGAGAGUCUAAUGGUAAUGGUGGAAUGAGACCUAUGAGGCACGAGAGCACGGCGUCAAAAGAUUCAUAUGGUAGUAUUGGUAAAAAGAAGGGUGUGUUUGUACACGGUGCUGGCACACAGAUAAUGUUACAGCAAGCAUCUAGGCAGCACGCAAUACCUGCGAUAGAAGAUAGAGCUAGACGAAUAUUAAAGAAUGAUGAUGAAGUCGCUGCGAUUAUUAGACAUGUUAGAAGGUACAUGGUGGAAGGGGACAUAUCAAUGUUAGUGCAACCGCUGUUAGCAAUAUUAGAUAGACCAGAGAAAGUCGUACUGCUCAAAGAUAUUCGGAGUGUUAUUUUACCAACCGAUAUUGGUCAGUUUGAUUCCUUGGUGUCAAGAUGGGAAAUUGAAGCAUAUGAAGAGCUACAUGAAAACAGUGCAGUCUAUGAACAAAUUAGUUCAAAUGAGCAUACUUUACAGAAUAGCGCUGAGAGAUUAAACACACAACCUAAACAAUUGCAGGAGGUUGCCAUGGUGAGAUCUGACGAUAAGUUGGAUAAAGAUCAAAAGCGCAGAGAGGAACUUGAACGUUUGAGGAGAGAAAGGCAAGCUGAGGUGAGGAGAAAGAAAGCAAUGAUGGAUCAAGAACCAGUGAAAGGUCUGGCAUAUAGCCACAUUCCUAUUAUUGGUCGGCCACAGACCAGGAGUCCAGUUACAAGUACACCGGAAUCAAGUCCAAAGACAGGACAUGAAAAAACGUCUGUGCAAUGCACGAGUAGCGACCAGGAAACAGACGAUUCAACAGGAAUUGUGUUAAUAAAAAAAGUUAAUAAUUCUGAAUACGACGGUGUCGUGCCAUUUAUCAAAGAGGAACAGACUGAUACAGGCAGUCAUAUAACAGAAGUUACGGUUACACCAAUUAGAGAAUUAGAUGUGGCAGCCAAUCACAGUGAGGAUGUGGAUGCUGCUGCUGAUAUGAUUAAAGCGUUGGAUUUGGAGAGCGAUGAUGAUAGUGAUUCUGAAUCGGAUUCUAGUGACAGCGAUAGCGGCACACGCAAAGGUAUUUAUCGGAUUAAUGAUGAUAUGGAAAGCGACAAUGAUGAUGGCAACACCACCAGUGAGAAUUUGCAAGGGGAAGUUGCGCUCACAACUAAUGGACAGCUUGAGUCUCCCAUAUCAUAUAAUGAAUAUUCACAAAUAGAUUUCUCAUCUGGUUCAUUAGCCAAUGAAAGCUCAAUGUCCAUUCAUCUGCCAAGUUCAUUAGAAUCAUCAGCCAAUAAGAGCCCAGAUUUCUUUACGCCAGCCAAUGAGAGCAUGCCAACUGAGGAGGACAUUGCAGCGCUCUAUGCCACUGUAGACAAGAGCAGGAAAAAGAAACCAAAAUUAUCAUCUCCCCGGGUUCAUAUCUCAUCUGUUGAGUUUGAUGAAAGUACACCACCACCGACGCCACCCAGAAAUGUUAAAGGCAUACUGAAAAAUAAAAAUGAAGUAAUUUUAAAUUAUGAUGAGCCAAGUCCAUUGCUUGAAAUCAUGGAAGCCACAUCUGCCAAUAAUUCACUACAAAACUCUACACCUCAGAUAGAAGUCACAGUAGAAUUGAAGAAAAAUAAAUCAUCAUUAGGUAUAAGUAUAUCUGGUGGGAAAGAUUCCAGAGACCAACCUGUUGUAAAAAUUGAAAGGGUAUUUGCAGGAGGAGCUGCUGCUGAUGAUGGCUUUCUUCAAGCUGGUUAUGAGGUAGUGUCAGUAGAUGGUAUAUCCUUACGAGAAAAAACCCAUCCUCAGGCGGUUGAUAUCAUCAGACGAGCAUAUAACAAUAAAACAAAGAGUGUCAUGGAGAUGGUCGUCAUGCCAACCAGUUGA